ACCACCUUCUCCUUUCUUGCCCACUUUUAGGGUUCAGUGGAAUUCCAAAUCAGAAAUCUGAAAUUGUGAGUGGUUUCUGGGUUCCAAGAUACAUCUACUUCAUGUUCUUCCAUCAAAAGGUGGACUGAACCAAAGAUUUGGCAGCAGAUUGAUUGAGUGGUAGAGAAUAAAGUCAGGCAUGGGAAGGAAAAGGAAGCUGGCUGCUGCUGACCUGGCAAAAGUGAGGCGAAUGAUACAACGCAACUGGGAGGUGCGGAUCGAGCAUAUUUACAGGGAGGGCAACGUGGUGGCGGAUUUCUUGGCCUCGACAGGGCAUGCUUUACAGGUCGGGAGUCAUCCCAUUCUGGUCCCCGACCAGCGAUUGCAGCAUUGGCUUCUCUUUGAUCUUGUAGGGAGUCAAACUUCCAGACUCAUUUCCCAUUAGCUGUUAGGGCGCUCUGUCGGCCGUUUUCUUACAACAAAAAAAAAAAAAAAAG